AUGAUCAUAACUGGUGAUGACCUUAGUAGCAUUCAAGAACUCAAGGAUUUUCUCAGUCAGCAGUUUGAGAUGAAAGAUCUUGGACAUCUCAGCUAUUUCUUGGGUCUUGAAAUUACUCAUUCCACAUAUGGUCUUUAUAUUACUCAAGCCAAGUAUGCUUCUGACCUGUUGUCUCAAGCUGGACUCACUGACAGCAAGACUGUUGACACUCCAGUUGAACUUAAUGCCUUAGUUUAUCUCACAGUUACUCGUCCAGACAUCUCCUAUGCUGUUCAUCAGGUGAGCCAGUAUUUGUUUGCUCCACGAUCAACUCACUAUGCUGUUGUUCUGUGCAUUCUUCGAUACCUGAAGGGUACCCUUUUUCAUGGCCUUUUCUACUCAGCUCAGUCUCCUCUUGUAUUCCGUGCAUUCUCUGAUGCUGAUUGGGCAGGAGAUCCUACUAAUCACAGUACUGAAGCGAAAUAUCGUGCCCUUGCUGAUACCACAUUUGAGCUCCUUUGGCUAAGAUGGCUUCUUAAGGAUUUGGGUGUGUCCACCUCCUCUGCUACUCCUCUUUAUUGUGACAACUAG